AUGGUGGUCACUGCCAAUUUCUUGGACAGCGACUGGAAGUUGCACAAAAGAAUUAUUAACUUUUGUUCAAUUACCAGUCACAAAGGGGAAGAUAUAGGGAGGGUUCUGGAGCAGUGUUUGAGGGAAUGGGAUAUCAAUAAGGUGUUCACUAUCACAGUGGACAAUGUUAGUGCAAAUGACCUAGCAGUUGUAUACAUGAAAAAAAGGCUUCGGAACAUGAACACUUUGAGCUUUGAUGGGGAUUUUUUGCACCUGCGAUGUGCAUGUCACAUCAUAAAUUUGAUUGUCAAGGAUGAAAUCAAAGAAUUAGAGAAUGGGAUUGAUGCAAUUUGGCAUUGUGUCAAGUGGAAUAACACUUAUUUAAUGCUUGAGGCAGCAUUAAAAUAUGAGAAAGUGUUUCAUAGGAUGGCUGAUGAAGAUCUGCAGUUCAAGCGUUAUUUUGAGGAGAAAGAUGUGAAAGGUAGGAAGAGGGUAGGACCCCCCCUAGAGGAAGAUUGGAGAAAUGCUAAAGCAUUUGUGCAUUUUCUCAAAAAAAUUUACGAGUCAACACUCAAAUUGAGUGCUUGGAAAUCAGUGACUGCAGACUUGCAGUUCAUUGAGAUGAUUGGCCUUCAAAAAGAGAUUGAUAAGAAGGCAAAAGAUGACUCUGAUGAGGUUCUGCACAGAGUGAUAGUUGGGAUGAAAGCAAAAUUUGACAAAUAUUGGGGCAGAUUUGAAACCAUGAAUAAAUCAUGCAAUGGAAGGCUAGGGGUUGAAUUUGAUGAUUUAGAAGAUGGACAAGUUGAGAUACUUGCUGAUCUCAUGCAAGAAAGACUUGAAAAUGAACAUGAAAUGAUAUCCAACGAGGUUGACAAGUACCUCGUAGAUAGAUAUAUCAAUCCUGUAGUCAAAGGCUUUGAUAUUGCACAAUGGUGGAGGGAGAAUGCAGCUGCAUAUCCUAUUCUUUCCAAGCUUGCGCAAGACAUUUUUGCAAUUCCUUGCUCUACUAUGGCAAGUGAGAAUGCUUUUAGCUUGGGAAAAAGAGUAGUUGAUCCCUUUAGGAGUUCACUAAAUCCUCAAAUGGUUGAGGCACUAGCAUACACUAGUGAUUGGUUGAGGGUUAAGCAACCUAAUUUCUAUUCAGAACCAACAAAGGAUAAGCUUUCCUUGUAUAGUGAUCUAGAAGAACUGCAGAAAGAAACUGCUAGGCUGCAUUUCGGAGGUGCGAACUCAUUCUACAACAACUGCUUCCUGAAGAUUUGGAUGCUGCAAAGUGCAAACAUCAGUUUGAAGAUAUAG